AUGGGGACCCCCUCGCUGCUGGUGCUGGCCGUGGCACUGGCGGGGCUCUCGGCUCCCUGUGCAGCUUACGGGCAGCCCAACUUCAUCGUCGUCCUGGCGGAUGAUGUGGGCUGGGGAGACCUGGGGGCCAACUGGGCAGAGACGAAGGAGACUCCGCAUCUGGACGAGCUGGCGGCCGAAGGGACGAGGUUCGUGGACUUCCAUGCGGCCGCAUCCACGUGCUCCCCAUCCCGCGCCUCCCUACUCACGGGGCGUCUCGGGGCGCGCAACGGGGUGACCCACAACUUUGCUGUCACGUCGGUCGGCGGCCUCCCCCUGAACGAGACCACCCUGGCCGAGGUCCUGCGGGAGGCUGGGUACAGCACGGGGGCUAUAGGGAAGUGGCACCUGGGACACCACGGCCACCAUCACCCCAGCUUCCGCGGCUUCGACUACUACCUUGGGAUCCCCUACAGCCACGACAUGGGCUGCACGGACACCCCCGGCUACAACCUGCCGCCCUGCCCGCCCUGCCCGCGGCACGGCCCGGCUGCCAGGCCGGCUGCCAGGAAGGACUGCUACACAGAGGUGGCCCUUCCUCUCUUUGAGAACGUCACCAUCAUCCAGCAGCCCGUCAACCUCAGCAGCCUGGCAGAGCGCUACGUGGAGGCGGCCACGCGGUUCAUCCGGGGGGCCAGGUGA